UGACUCUCUUCUUCAAUUCCGAGAUAACUUCCUAAACACUCUCCCGUCUCCCUCUCAAUUCCGAGAUCUGAGCUACCUUCUUCCUUUGGCUGCUUUUACCGAAUUCGAAACCCCUAAUUUCAACGAGCACUUCUCAAGGUGCUGCUCGAGGUGCCAUUUAUGGAUCCUGACCCUCCUAAACGUCCAAAAAGGGUUCAUAAAUAUGUUCCAAAACCUCAAACUCGGAAAUCCGUUUCAACUGCAAUUGGCGAUGAUGGCGGAACGCAGCGAUUCCCUGCCCGCGGAGUUUCCGGGCAUCUAGCAAAGCCGGGAGUAAAAGUGGAGAAGAAAUCUCCAGUGCAAGUUGCCUUUUCACACGAAGUUGAAUCAAGUACCAUAACAGGCUCAAGCAGACAAAGGCAAAGGGCUGAUGAUGGAAGUUCUUCGGCCUACUCAGAAGCAUCUACCACCGGCGAAAUGCAAGAUUAUUUUACUUCUACAUCCUCUGCAAGAACACAAGACGUCACUGACAAUAUUGUUGAUGAAACUGGUGGUGCUACUGUGAAGAAGAAGAAGAAGAAGAAGAAGAAGAAGAAGAAGAAGAAGAAGAAGAAAGAAUAUCGAGCCCCUUGGGAUUAUAAUAGUUUGUAUCCUACUGAACUACCUCUUAGGAAACCUCAUUCUGGAAACCCAGAAAUUCUUGAUAAAGCUGAAUUCGAGGAUGCUAAGGAGUAUGAUGAAAAAUCUCUAAAUUCUGCUUCAAUUCUUGGCUUGCUGGAAAAAGACGAUACACCUAGGAUGCUUGUUUUCAAGUUUCCUCCCAAUCUUCCUGUAGGCAGAGCACCAGGAUAUGCCAACAGGAGAGAAACAGAUGAUAACUUGAGAGCAGUAGAAAAAUCAGUGAAAAUCGGGAAAGGAAAGGAGAAAGUAAUGGUUGGCAGUGUUGCAAAAUCUUCUGGCAACUCUCAUGGCAUAAAAGAGAAAGAAAUAGCUGGAAGCUUCAUAAUGAGUGGUUCCCCACGUAAAAAAGACACCAGUUUGGAGGAGUUUCCUGAGGGAUACAUGGGCAAGAUGUUGGUCUACAAAAGUGGUGCUGUUAAGUUCAAGUUAGGAGAUAUCAUGUAUAAUGUUUCUUCUGGUACUGCCUGCACUUUCCAUCAAAAUGUUAUGGCGGUCAACAUAAAGGAUAAACGGUGCUGUGAUUUGGGAGGACCAGACAUGACAGCUAUUGUGACUCCCAACAUCGACUCCCUGUUAAGUAGCCAGAUGGAUUGAUUUGGAUUAGCAGUGCCGUAGUCCUUAGCAACUAUAUGCAGAUCCAAGUAGCUAACUUGCGUUCGUGAUGCAUGACCAAGACAUACAGCUUCACGGGCGUGUAGAUUUGAUUGUACAAAUGUGUAGCAUGGCGCAGAUAUAUUGUUGCAUCAUUUUGUAGGAGUUAUCACUAUUCUGAAUUACCUAUUCUGCAAAGUUCUCAUC